UGAGAGUUGCCUCCCUUCACUAAUGCCUGUAACUUGAGAACAGUUUACUUUGGAUGUUCUGCAAUAAAGCCAAAAGUAUUAACAUACUUGGCAAACGACAUCAUGAAAUAUUCAUUAUGUUGAUUUUCAUGCAAGCAAAGAAACUUGAACAACAUUAAGAAUUGAAAUAAUUAAAUAUUUACAUAUUCCGAAAGCAAACAAUUAUGGUACCGGAAGUUGUGUUAGCUUUUCAAAUGCUUUCUGCAUUAAGUAUGUAAACGCUUGAUUCAUCAGAGUUUUGUUUUAUCUAACUAAUCGCUCGGGUAUAAUACAAUAAUAUAUAUAUUUGUGAGAUGAAAUAUUGAUAGAAUUUUCUGAUAGAGAGAAAGUAACUUUUCUGUUUAAUUAUGUCAAACACGGAAUAUCUUCAAAAACAAUUUAGCAUGUUAAAAUGGGAAGAAAAAUAUAUAAAAUCAAUUAUAGAACUUCACGAAGAUCAAUUAAGUCGUUUAAAAGUUGAAGAGCUUGCGCUAAAGCAUAAAAUAGCUGUAGAAGAAGGUUGUCAUGAUGAAGAUGCAGGCCAACUAAAGAAAAAUGAAAAACAGGCAAUGGAAACAGAUGAAAAUAUAAAUAGUGUCCCUCUGAUGUUAGAAACAAACCGAUUCUACAACAAUAAUGAAGAGGAUGAAGAUGAUGAGGAUAAUGAUGACGAUGAUGCAGAUGAAGGCAGUAACGAGCAUUAUGAUAGUUUAAAAUGCUUCCUAGACCAACUCUCUCAGAGAGAACAAAACAAAACUUAAAAUGCAUUUAUUUUCCCAGAAAUGUUAACAAGUAUGAUUAUUAAUUGUUUAGCCCCUGGUCAGCUCCAAUCCAUCUGACCUUUGACCAAAGGUGUCCAGACUGCAACAGUCCUCUCUUUUAUUCAGACACAAUUUGUCUAGGGCUACAUUAUUCAAUGUGUCCUUUUUUAAAAAUAAUACCAGUUCAGCUUCAGGAUAUAACUGAAAUUUUUUCUAUAAAUAUGACAAGACUUGAUUUUUUUAAUUUCUAUAACUACCACAAUUAUUUUCUUUUCAUUUUUUUAUUCUUUUCGAUCACAAUACACACACACACACAUAGCUGUGUGGUUAAGAAGUUUGCUUUGCAACUUCAUGAUUUACAGCUCAACUCCAAUGCACAGCACAUUGGGUGUCUUCUAUUAUAAGCCCUGAGCCAACCAAUGCUAUGAGGGAAUUUGAUAGACAGAAACUGCAGGAAGCCCAGUGUGUGUGUGUGAAUGUUGAUAUUCUGCACCUGUUACUGUUUGAGUGAAAUAGGACUGAUUUUAGCCUUCCUUGUUGACAUGAUGAGCCUAAAAUGUGUGGUGCUCUGUGCUUUUGAAAACAUGGAAUAAAGAAAUCUCUUACUUGAAAAAUAAAGGUUGGAGACAGGAAAGGCAUCCAGCCAUAAGAUCCUGUGUCAACUAACUCUCCAUUUAAAACAAAUUUUAGCACAGGAAGACGGAUAUUAAAAAUGAAUAUAUGGGAUUUUUUUAUUAAUUGAAAAAUUGAAAUAUUCUCAGAAACUGGAAAAAGUACUGGUGAGAUUGCAAAAAACUGUUCGAAUUGAAAUUAAUAUUGAUAAUAAACUUCACUUAACUAUUUAUUUAUUUAUUGAAUUUCAUGCUCAUCUCCUCAACCUGAUAUUAAUUUAUUUUUAUAUCUCAGAUUUAUCAAUAUUUAAUUUCAAAAUAUGAAAAAAAUUCAAUCAAACAUUUCUUUUUACAAUAAAACUAUAUAUAACUUCGAAA